AUGAGCUCAAACACGGGCCAACUUUCGUUCAGAGCGCUCCAGCUCGCGAAUGAGCAGCGCAACCAGUUCGGUAUGCGGUAUAACGACUAUGAGCGCUAUAGGAAGCAUUGCGCCAACCGGACACAUCGUCUGCGCUCAACGCUGAAGAUGACCCAUGGCAAGGGUCGUGAAUUCAAGAAGCUCCCUGCUGUAUCAACAGAGAAGUUACAGGACGGCCAUCUUCAGCUUCUUCUCUUCGAGGCAGAGCGUGCAUGGUCCUACUCGCAGGAGCUACUUGCCCAGUCAAACCUACCCGCCAACGACGAUCGUGCUGGGGGACUGCGUCAUAACGCUACUGGUCGCUUCAGACGUGCCGUGCACUGGGCGACACAGCUUCUCUCUCAAUGCCAGGCUCUGCACGCUGCUGGUCGUCUCAGCGCGAGCGGUCUUCUGGAAGUGACCGCAUAUACGCUGGUCUUGAACGGCCGUUUCCUGCGUUACCGCGAAGAGUUCGAGGACGCCCUUGUGCAGCUCUCGGUUGCUCGCGGUAUCUUCAACACGCUCGCCACCCGGGCGCGCACAAGCCGUGAUCAAGCGCUUGCCGUCUACUUCGCGGACGAAACUGGCCCUGAAAUUCGCAUCUGUGCCCACGAACUCGGCAGGGAGCGCUCGUACGACGUGGACGGAAUAGCGACCGAAGUUGGCUCCAAACAUCGCGCCGAUGUCGUAGACGGAUAUGACAACCUGAUAUCUCAGCUGAACAGCGAAAGCUCCGCCGGCCAACAGGAUGACGCCCGGAAGCGUCUUGAGGCUCUCGAAUGGGAGGGAGAGCCUGUCCCCAUUCGCAACCCUGAGCUUGUCGAUGUCCUCAUCAAGGUUCAGGAGGGGGAGUUGAAGCUCAAACGCGAGACGGCAGAGCUUACGGAAGCCGCCCAAUCCGGGAAGAAGGGCAAAGGAAAGAAGGGCAAGGGCAGCAGGUCAAAGCGCAGCGUUGCAGCUUAUGACAACAUUCUACUCGCUUUGAGCGACGCCGAGGAUGUUGCUCGCAAGUUGGUCGAAGCUCAGCAGCUGAGUGGAUCAACAUCCGCAGCGACACCUGGUACUCGCGACAUUCAGUUCGUACACACGUACAUCGUGUAUCAGCUUUUAUCGCGGCGUAUUCAACGCGACCUGUUGCUUGUAUGGACCCUGCUCACUUCGCAUCAUGCCGCUCGAAAACCGGCACCAGCUGCCACCGUCAAGCCGCAAAAGGAGGCCGUGGAUGCCCGUCUCUAUCCUGGUCUAGUCAAACUGCUGGAUACCGUCCUGCAGAGCCUCAACCAGAUGCGGACGUUGUCCAUUGUGGACGAUAGCCCAGAUCUAGCGAGUGCCGUAGAAGGACGGAUCUCGUACACGAGUGCGCGCAGAUGCUUGUAUCUUUCUCGUUGCUACUCACCGGUGAAGAAGUACGCCGAAGCGCUCACGCUCGUACAACGCGGUCAGAUUCAUCUCCGCGAAGCAAGUUCGACCCUCUCGACCCUGGAAGCCGACCCGAUUACUCAGGGUUCACCCGCCUUCUUCUCCCUUACUCCUGAUGAGCUGGCGACGAUUGGCUCCGAGCUUGACGCUGACGCGGCCUCGCUCAAGUCCUCUUGGUUCGCAUUCAAUGGCGGCGCACUCAAACCCAGUUCGGACGGCUACAAGAAGCCUCUCUUCUUUGACAUUGCGCUCAACUACGUACAACUGGACAUGGAGCGAUUGGAAGAACGUGCGGGUAUAGUGAAGAAGGCAGCACCUACACCGAUACCGGCAGUGCGGAAUGACACAGUGCAGGAGAAGAAGGCGAAGGUCGAGACGGAGAUUAGUCGGACUGCAACACCUGAACCCAGCGCAGCUCCGGCGAGGAGCGGGCUUGGGAGUCUCCUGGGAGGUUGGUGGGGCAAGCAAUGA